AUGGCUAGCGGCAACCAAUCAUACUACGAGCUCUAUCGUCGGAGCAGCAUCGGCCUCGCGCUGACGGACACGCUCGACGACUUGAUUAGCGAGUCCCGCAUCCAUCCCCAGCUGGCCAUGAAGAUUCUGGGCACGUUUGACCAGGCCAUAACGGAAGCACUGCAAAAGAACGUGCGCAGCCGUCUGCAAUUCAAGGGCAGCCUCGACACGUACAGACUUUGCGACGAGGUGUGGACGUUUCUUAUCAAGAACGUCACAUUCAAGAUGGAUAAUGGCAGCCAGACCGUGCAGGCGGACAAGGUCAAGAUUGUCAGCUGCAACGCCAAGCGACCGGGCGAGGGCCCGUGA